AUGGCUGUCUUUAGUACGCGCAUUCUGGUUUUCGCCGCAGCCAUUGCCACUGGCAUUCUUUUCAUAUUCGGAGCAUACAGCCAAGGCGUCACCACGACCGAUGUGAGCCAUUUCGCCAACAAAAUCACAUCGCAAAUGCCAAGUGGCGGAUCAUCGCAAAACCUGGCAUACAUGACUCUCCUCACCAACACCAUGAACGCUCCCGAGAACCCCAGCGAUGAUCACUAUUUUAUGGCCACACGUAUUCUGGGAUAUCAACUCAUGCAUCAACCUAGUACGAAAACGCGAAAGAAUAUCCCAUUCGUUGUGCUUGUCACCAACGAUGUGAUUCAGAACAGACGGGAUCUGCUUGUUGCAGACGGCGCAAUCGUUAUAGAAGUCGAGACCGUUGACAUUGAUACUUCCUGGGUGCACGGAGAGAUGCCACAGUGGAAAGAUCUGAUGAACAAGCUGCGCGCAUGGGAGUUCGUUCAAUACGAGAAAGUCGCUUUCCUGGACGGCGACUUUAUUCUGAAUCGCUGUAUGGACGGCAUCUUCGACGACCCUGCGACUGAGCGCACUCCUCUGACCAAGUCCAACACAUUGCCCGGAGAUGAGGGCGAACUACCGGAGACCUACGUCCUUGCGACCGUGGCAGAAGCGAAUCCUUUCCACAAAUAUCCUCCCAAGGCCGAGAACAACGACUACAAGGACCCCAACUACUUCAACGCGGGCUAUUUUAUUUUCUCGCCUGAUGUCAAGCUCUUCUCGCAUUUCCAGAAAAUCUUGACACUGAAGGGCCGAUUCGACCCCAAGUACAUGGAGCAAAAUCUCCUGAACUACGCUUUCAGAAGGGAAGGACAGAUGCCAUGGAUCGAGAUGGAGGGAAGCUGGCACAUCAGGUUCCCAAGCGUGCAUGACAAGGAGUCAGGAGUCGCAAGUAUGCACGACAAAUGGUGGAGUGCUCACAUGGACAAGAAACUGCAGCCAUACUACGAUUCGAUAAGAUGGAAGAUGGAGGGAUAUUAUGAGGCCAGGAACGAAACUUUGUCCGCCUCGUAA